AUGUUACGAAAAGCAUUACAAUUAGAUUUCAAGAUGAAUCAGCAUAAUAUUCGUCUUCUUGAUCUUCCUAAUGAAAUAUUAUUUCUCAUUUUGAAAAAACUUGACAAUAUUGAUGUUCUUUAUUCUUUACUGGGUAUCAACAAUCAACGACUUAACAUUAUAGCACAAGAACAAAACUUUACUAACAUUCUUAAUUUUGUUUCCAUAUCACAAUCAACUGAUGAGAUUUCUUCAAUUUCUGCCGCAAUAUUAAAUCGAUUUUGCAUUGAUAUAUUGCCAAGAAUUCAUAAAAAUGUUAAAUCACUCAGUAUUGAAUCCAUUUAUCUGGAAUAUAUUCUUGGUGCUGGUCAUUAUCCUAAUCUUACUGAACUUAAACUUUUUAAUUUCAACAAAGAAAUCUUUUUACGUUACUUCAUAGAAGAUUUUAAUGAUGUUCAUGCUUUACUUGAUGGUCGUCUCAAACAAUUAACUAGAUUCAUUGUUCAAGUUCAUCUUAUCGAAGAUCACAUAUCAACAUCUCACAAAAGGGUUGAUCUACCUAAUUUAAAAUGUUUCUCAUUAACAUCCUAUCAUAGUACUGUAGGAUUUAACACUGUAGUUGUACCUCUUCUUCGUCGAAUGUCAUAUCUCGAAGAAUUAACUUUAUAUAUUCGUAUAUGGAAUAGAUUAACAUUCAUCGCUGGCACUUAUCUUGAUAAUGAAAUUCUUAUUCAUAUGCCAAAACUUCAUACAUUCACAUUUUAUAUCGCUUCUAAAAAUGACAAUCCUGAUCCAGCUAUUCGUAUAUCUAAUGAUGAUAUUCAACGAACUUUCACAAAUAAAGAACAUCGACCGAUGACUUCUAUGGUAGAUUAUUUUGACCCUUACAAAAUGAUAUGUCGCAUUUUUUCACUUCCAUUUAAAUUUCAUCGUCUCGACGACAUUGGAAAUAAUAUUCCAAAUAUUGUAUUUAAUUCUGUUACUCAUUUGAAAUUAUGGGACAAAGAUGAAUUUAAACAUGAAUUUUUCAUUCGACUUGCUCGAGCUUUUCCAUUUCUUAAAAAUUUAUCAAUUUGGAAUAUUAAACCACCAUUUUUGGGAACUCCCAAAUAUCAUCUACGCUAUAAAGAUUGGUGCUCAAUUAUUGAAUAUCCUCAUCUUAUUUCACUUGACAUCGAAUGUGUAAAUACUUAUUAUGUCGAACAUUUUCUCAAUGAAGAAAAAGCACAUUUACCUCAUUUAACAGAAUUAAAGGUCUGUUAUGAUAGUUUGAAAUUUGUAACAAAAAAUUUUACAAGAGAUAAAACGCGACGUAAUUGUGCUAGAAUAAAACGAUUAAUUGUUGAAAAUCCAAUAACUUAUCCGAAAGAUGUUUAUCGCUAUUUUCCUUUAUUGGCAGUUUAA